GUGUGUUUGAACAGUAAGAGAAUCACAUUUUUCAUGCAACAAAGUCGAUGCACUGAAAUGUGCUUCAUGAACGUACAGGGAAAUAGAAGAGAGACAGUUGGAUUCUCUGGUUGAUCCAGCAAUCAAACUCGCACAAACAACACAAGGCCAAACUCUCACCAAACCUAUAGGCCAACAAUAGAUUUACAAGAAGGGAUAAGUGGGUCGAUUUGUGCUAUUGGAGAAGUGGAGCCAUCUUUUCUUUCUAGGAAACCAUGGACAAAAGUGGUCAUGUGACCAUACACUUGUAAGAGAACUGUACAAGAAAAGCUGUCCAGGCUGUGAUUAAUGACUUGCCUUUCUGUCCUCUUUGUUCUCAAUGUGUUCUCCUCCAGAUGGUCCAAAGCUUCCCUCUGUGUCAGUGAGUCCCUCUGCUGAGAUAGUGGAGGGCAGUUCAGUGACUCUGAGCUGCAGCAGUGAUGCUAACCCAGCAGCUAAUUACACCUGGUACAAAACUAAUGGAAAUGGAGUCAGUUUUAAAUCCCAGCUUGUCCUCAGGUCCAUCCAGUCCUCUGACUCUGGACAGUAUUACUGUACAGCUGAGAACGAGCUGGGGAGGACGACGUCUGAGUCCAUCUCUGUGGAUGUGAAAUAUGGUCCAAAGCUUCCCUCUGUGUCAGUGAGUCCCUCUGCUGAGAUAGUGGAGGGCAGUUCAGUGACUCUGAGCUGCAGCAGUGAUGCUAACCCAGCAGCUAAUUACACCUGGUACAAGGAGAAUGAAGACUCACCAAAAGCAUCAGGACAGAACUUCACCAUCACUGACUUCAGAGCUGAACACAGUGGGAAUUAUUCCUGUGAAGCCCAGAACAUAAGAGGAAGUCAGAGGAACACCUUACAUCUGACUGUUGUGGCAGAUCACUGUUUCUCAGCAUCUGCAGCAUCAGGUAUGUUAGCAGCUGCUGGAACAAUCCCUGUGGUUCUCCUGGCUGUCAUAUCCCUCUCUGUCUACCUGUGGAUCAGAAAGAAGAGGACGUCCAAUGAAUCUUCUGAGGCUGAAGAGAGAGCAGACAACAGGGAACAGGAGGAGCAGGGUGAACUUCAAUACGCCAGCAUCCACUUCUCCAACAACCGGGCAGAUCCUACUCCACUCUACUCCAACUUCAGUCCAGCUGGGCUUCCCAGACACAUGGAGCAGCAGGAAGUCAGUGAGUACGCUGCUGUCAGAUUUAACAGUGGCAGUACUGCCCCGAGAACCAGAGGUCAGCAAACUGGACAGGAUCCAGCUGCUUUGUACUGCACAGUCAGCAAAAGCAGAUGAUCUCAACAGGCGUCGCAUUUCUACUCUGAUGUUUCCGUGUUUCUUCAUAAGAGUUACACUUCAGCUGCCUUUUUAAAAACCUUGUGUUAAACUUUAGCUGUCAUUUAAAGCUUGUGCAGCAGCCUUCAAAGUGCAACAAAAGACAGACAAACACAUGACGUUGCUAUGCCAACCACUGGCUGGCUUACAUCACUUCAGUGUUUUUGUUGGUGAGGAGACCCCAAAUUUGUCAGUUCAGGUAAGACUAAAUACACGAACAAAGUGUUCACAGGACAAACCACCUCAGUUACAGGCAUCACAAACAACUGGCAUGUAUUUUAGACAGCUGAUGGUCAGUAGGAGGAAUUCUGUGUGUAAUCUGACAUUUAUUCAGCCUAUGUUGUGCACAAAUGAUGAUCAUCUGGGAUUUCUGAAUUUAUAUUUACUUUUUUUUUUAUUUUAAUUCUUUUCUUUGCACAAAUACCUGCACAAUUCUCUUAUAGUCCAGGAUAAUGUAAAGCGUUCUAUGUAGCUUUUUAAUGUCAUCUUUCUUAUUUCCUUAAUUUUGUAUUUGUUUCUUUCAACCAGAUGUUUUUUCUGUUUCCUGAUAUUUUAACCUUCUUUUGUUCUACUGUAACAUGUGAACUCAUCCCUCAAUAAAGUCUUAGCUGAUAUUCAUUAGUUUCACCACAUCUCUUUGGCCCUGUGGGGUGAAGGCAGCUUUCAGGGUCUCAACAUGCACCAGACGUGUGAAGUAACAGUCAGACUGGCCAUCAUGAGCAUCAGGAGAAAUCCCAAAAGCAAGAGAAAUACGCCAUUGGUCCACGUUGUGUAUGCAGCAGCUCAGAGCAUCAGUCAGACUGUAUGUACCACAUUAACUUAGAGAUUUGAAGACAGGCCUUUAUUUCCAAGUAUAUGUGCUGAACGUCCAGUGUGAAGCCUUUUGUUUCCUCAUCUGGUCCAGUUUAUUUGUUGUUUUUUCAGCAGUUUUGUUACUGCACGCUGCUGAGACCACAAAAUACAGUUUGGCUGGUACAUUAACACACACACACACACACACAUUCACACUUGCAGUGAGUAAUCCAGAGCAACAAAGAAAACAGCACUUUGAUAUUUUUGAUCUGAUUGAAAUGAUGGAAAUGUGCGUCAUGUUUAACCUGUGAACAAAUCAUAUAAGAAGCUCAGGGAGUUUAUGCUCAUUUGUGUUUUACUGACUUUUAUUUGAUUUGAGACUGAAUUAUUUUGUGGUGUCCACACAAAUUAGACACUUGAUUUUUUUGAGUAUGUUGACAGUUGACUCUAAAAUGAAGACUUGUGUUCAUCAGUCACAUAUUCUGCAUUUGGUUCAAGAAUGGACAGAACAUUUGGGGACAAACAUGUAUUCUUUGUUCAGUAUACUUUAAUCCUGCAGACAGAGUUUUCCUGAGAUGAAAAUACUCAUGUUCUUCUUCAGAGCUCACUGAACAUUCUUCCACUAAUUUGUCGCCAUCUGGUGGAACAAUGUAGGCAGUGCACUGUACCAUAA